AUGUCUCGAAGUUUCGCCGUCCGGACCCACAUCGCCGACAAGCUCGGCAUCGCCCGGAGCCGUAUCCCGGAAGCCCACCCUUGCAAAACCGGAUGGGCCAUCCGCGCCGCUGACUUGGCAACCAGGGAUCUUCUGACUGAACGGCAGGCCGAGUGGGCCCCUGACAUCUCCGCACAGAUCGUUGAAAAGCGACAGGAGUGGUACACGUAUGCGGUCCAAGGCUGCCCACGCCGCUUCAAUAACAUCUUUGGCGAAGCCAUCGACGACGAGAAGGCGAUCCGAGACGAGGUCGCCACGCAAACCGGCCAAACCCCGGAGAGGGUGAUAACUGCGAAACAGGACUCGGAUCAGCUCCCGACCCGGACCCUGAUCAUAUCCUUUGCCAAGGAGGUCAAGCACUACUGGCGCCUUUUCGACACGACGAGCUAUGCGAGACUCAUCGUCAAAACCAACCCGCCGAAGCAAUGUGAUAAUUGCUGGGACUACCAUUCACGCUACAACUGCGGACGCCAGGCACGCUGCAAGAACUGCGGCAAGACUGGCCACGCCCAGGACAUCUGUACCGCCACACAGCAAUGCGCCAACUGCCACGGGCCGCACGCGGUUGACUUUCCCCAGUGCCCGGCUCGCCCCAAGAAGGUGAACGGAGCAUUCCACAGCCUCAAUAGGCCCGAGAAGAAACUUGUCCAAAUCAUGGGCAAACGACUGUUCAAGCAGUUUACAGCAAAACCAGAAUCUCCACCGCGGGAUCAGUCCACGAGCCUCGAAUCCGACUCAGCGACAGCGAGCGACACUACCUCCCCGUCCAGCCGGAGCACACCGACGACAAGCGACGCAAUCACACCGGAGCCCGAGAGGGAAAAUAGUGCAUCACGCCCUAGCGAAACACCCUCCGCCUCUCCGGCAGCUCCAGCUGCCCCGAACAGUCAAGCAUCGCCGACUCCAAGCUCUGCAAGCUCCUCCAGCGGUAGGCAAAACACUGCAGCAUCGGCCAGCCCCAUCAAACCCACUUCAGCUACGCCCAUGAACCCCGCCGAUUCGGUACUCCUUCGAGCCUCGUCGACACGCAGCGACAGAAGUAAUUCUCCGCCCGUGAGGCAGAGCAUCGAGAUGUCUGAAGAACCGAAUGAACGACAGCACCGUGACAAGCGACUCUUCCGGGUCUUUCAAGCCAAUGUCGGCAAGAAUGGCCCCUCGCACGAUUGCGCACUCGCCCUUGCUGAUGCAGAACGAUACGAGGUCAUACUACUACAAGAGCCCUGGACGCAAGUCCGCGACUCCCGCUGCCUCACCAAGACACACCCGGCGUACGACACCUACUCACCGGUCAGCACCUGGGAAGACAUCGACACCCGACCGCGCGUCAUGACAUAUAUUCGCCGGGGUGCAAGACUCUUAGCCGACCAGCAACGUCCCGCUCUCUCCAGAGACAUCCUCUGGCUCGUGGUCAAUGGCGUCACUCUGGUGAACGUAUAUCGGGAACCGAACGUGGACACCGCCCUCGAAGUCCUGUUCGCAUGGCCGAUUCCCAGCCAAUGUAUCAUCGCAGGCGACUUCAACGCGAGGCAUCACACGUGGCAGAUUGGCCCCUCCCGCGGCCACGGCGGCAUCAUCGCAGAAUGGGCCGCAGAAAACGAUUUAGAUAUCCUCAAUCCGAUCAACACGCCCACGAACGCCCACGGCAAUACCAUUGACCUGGCCUUCUCAAAUAUUCCCCUAGCCGAGGCAACGGUGGAGGACCACCUUGCCACGAGCUCGGACCACUUUACCCUCAGCAUCUCUCUCCCGGCUCUCAAGCCGGCAACGCUCCCGCCUGGAAAGAUUCUUCUCGCAAGCGACGAGGAACUGAAGCGGUUCACGGAGCUGGUUGUAUCAGGGGCUACAAUUAUUCCCCAGGCAGCAACGACGGCUGCAGAUCUUGACCGGCUCGCGGAUGCAAUUAUAGACCUCAUACGAUCCGCAGCUCGCGCGGCUGGCCGGCGAUCCCAACGCAGACCGCGGAAGGCUCCCUGGUGGAACGAGGAAUGUGCCGCGUCUGUUGCGGAGCUCCGCUGCAUCAGACGAGCAUUCCCACUCGGCUUCAACCGCGACGUACAGCUCGCUCGCCGCGACCUGCGACGGGUGGUGCGACGCGCGAAGCGCGCAUACUGGCGCGAACUGAUUGAUGGCGUGCGAAGCGACAAAGACGUUUUUAAGAUCACGCGAUGGCUGAAGCGACCCGGGGUACUCCGCCCGCCCCCUCUGCAGGUCGGCGAAACAAUCAUUGAGACUCAAAUCGGCAAGGCCGAGGCCCUACGACACGCUACUCUCGAGCGCAGAACUGCAGACGACGACAUCUCCGACCCCUGGACGCCGUCAGAAGACACCCUACCCAUCCCCUUCUCGCCCAAUGUCCCCAUUUAG